AUGAUGCAUGUAUUGGUGUAUUCGAAGAAUAAGGAGGAGCAUGUGGAACAUUUGAGGGAAAUCUUACAAACCUUAAGGGAAAAUAAGCUAUAUGCGAAGUUUUCCAAGUGUGAGUUUUGGUUAGAGAAGGUAGCAUUUCUAGGUCACUUUGCAUCCAAGGAUGGGGUAGAAGUAGAUCCAGCAAAGAUUGAAGCAAUAAAAGGAUGGCCUACGCCAAAGAUAGUGUCUGAUGUCAGGAGUUUCUUAGGUUUAGGAGGAUAUUAUAGGCGUUGUGUGAAGGACUUUUCUAAAAUUGCUAAGCCUAUGACUUCUGUGAUGAAGAAAGACCGUAAGUUUGAGUGUGAUGAGAAGUGUGAAGAAGCAUUCUUACUAUUGAAGGAAAAACUAACUACUGCACCAGUGUUGACAUUACCAGACGAUAGUGGACACUAUAAUGUGUAUAGUGACGCACCCAAAAAUGAUUUGGGAUGCGUGCUUAUGCAAAAUGGUAAGGUAAUUGCAAAUGCAUCGAGACAAUUGAAACCUCACGAGGCAAAUUACCCUACACAUAACUUGGAGUUAGCUGCAAUUAUUUUUGCAUUGAAGAUUUAG